UUCCGACCGUAGUGCGCGGACGAAGCGUUCUUCGUAUCGAAACGCCGUGGCACUCGGAGAGGGUUGCGGUUUCCUCCUCUUCUUGACGAAGAAACGCGAGAUCAAGAAGCUGAGGCAAUCCCUAACGCAAUAGAAGUAGAAGAAGAGAGAGAGAGAGAGAGGAUUGCGGUUUCCUCCUCUUCUUGACGAAGAGCGGGAGAUUAAGAAACGGAGGUAAACCCCAAUGCAAUAAAAGAAGAAGAAGAAGAAGAAAAAGAAGAAGAAGAAGAAGAAGAGAGAGAGAGAGAGAGAGAGAGAGAGAUUCCGCUGGAUUAGAGAUCGGAGGCCACAUGGCGAAGGGAAAGGACAUCUUCUUCGAAAGCAUCUUGCGGGAGAACACCCUCAAGUCCAUCUUCAGCGGCCGGCGUCGGAAGCGCACCGGGGUAGCGGAGGACGUCGGCAACCCCAUCCCCCAGCUCUCCUCCUUCGCUAACUGCGUCGUCGCCCGCUGUUCCAGGAUUCUUCACAUUUCAAGGGACAAAUUGCAACAAUCUUUUGAGACCGAAUUUCCUGAUCGUGUCAAACUUCCUACUACAUAUGCAAGAGACCUAUUUGAAUAUUGCUGUUUCAGAACUUUUCAUGCGGUGAUCAAGAAUCCAGAUUAUUUGGCCGAUAAGGAGUUCCGCCAGUUAACUUUUGACAUGAUGCUGGCUUGGGAGUCCCCUGGAGCAUGCAGCGAAUCCAUACCCAAAGAAUCUAAUACUUGUGACCAUCUGGUAGUUGAAGAAGAGCAUGGGGUAUCAUUUUUUUACAUUAGUUCUUCAUGUCUGGCUGCUCAGGUAGAUGAAAGGAAGACUGUUGGAUUGAAAGCUUUUGCACGAAUAGCUCCUGCCUGUCCUGCCAUUGCUGACUCAAUAACUGUGCACAACUUGUUUGACGCAUUGACUUGCUCAUCAGGGGGCCAAAUGCAUUUUUUCAUAUAUGACAAAUACCUCAAAAGUCUAUACAAGGAAAUUAAAUCUUUAAAAAAUAUUAUGGGCUCAUUGAUUGCUUCAAACCUUCACCUUUCUGAUGGAGAAGUUAUUUUAGAAGUUGAUGGUGUAAUGCCCACUCAACCUGUUCUACAACACAUUGGAACAUCUGCAUGGCCAGGACGAUUGACGUUGACAACCCAUGCUCUCUACUUUGAAUCAUUAGGAGUGGGUUAUGAUAAAGCUGUCAGAUAUGAUCUGGCAACAGACCUAAAGCAAGUGAUAAAGGGUGAUCUGACUGGACCUCUGGGUGCUCGCCUCUUUGAUAAAGCUGUGAUGUACAAGUCAAUAUCUCUAGCAGAACCCAUUUAUUUUGCAUUUCCUGAAUUUAAAGGCCAUUCACGGAGAGACUACUGGCUGGCAGUUGUUGGUGAAGUGUUGCAGGUGCACAAAUUUAUUAGGAAGUAUGAUCUUGAUGAAAUUCAGCAGAUGGAAGCUCUUUCAAAGGCCAUUUUAGGCAUCUUCAGAUAUCGAGCUUUAAAAGAAGCAUUCCAUAUCCAUCCUCCUCGUUUUAGGUCUAUACUUGCUUUUUACUUAGCUGAGAAACUCCCAAAAGGAGAUAAGAUCUUGGAGGCUUUAUAUGAUUAUUUAAAACUGCCAGCUGAUGGAAUCCAGAGCAUUAUUGUCAAUUCAUCAUCUGAUACGAAUUUACAUGUUUGUCCUUUACCAUUUUCAUUAUACACAGUCACCAAAAUGGGCUUCACACUGAAAAUGGAAGUGGUAGAUGGUAUCGAGGAAAAAUACAUCCUUGUUGGUGAUGUUUGUGUUGGUUCGACAAGUUCUCUGGAAACUGCUGUAAAGGAAUCGUUCUGUUACUCUGAAAUAGCUGAAGCGGCACGUGCAACGGUGGACCAGAUGAAAGUCGACGGCAUCGAUACAAACCUAGCUGUAAUGAAGGAGUUGCUGUUCCCAGUUCUCGAGUCUACCAAGUUGCUUCAGCUUUUAGUUAAAUGGGAAAAUCCUUUUAAAUCAACUUCGUUCUUGGUUGUGAACCUUUACGUUGUUUACAGGGGUUGGGUCAGAUACGUUUUAUCUUGCAUAUCCUUAUCUCUGGCUCUUCUCAUGACGUGGCACAAGUUCCGCAGAAAACGGAAACCUGUGCAGGUGUUUCACAUCACGCCUCCCCCUUCCAAGAAUGCUGUUGAGCAGCUCUUAGUUUUGCAGGAUGCCAUCGCCCGGUUGGAAACUAUGGUUCAGGCAGGAAACAUCGGACUUCUUAAGCUAAGAGCUCUCCUAUUCGCGGCAAUUCCAAAGGCAACCGACGAGACGGCGCUCACCCUGAUCGUGGCGGCGACAUUGGUUGCAAUUGUGCCUUUUGUGCAUUUGAUGGUGUUAUUGGCGGUGGAGGCCUUCACCAGGGAGAUGCCGCUGAGGAAAAAGAGUAGUGAGAAGCUGAGGAGGAGACUGAGGGAGUGGUGGGCUCGUAUUCCGGCGGCCCCUGUUGAGCUUGUCAGGCACCAGAUGGAAAAACCACACAAUUUUUCUUCGCAGGAGAAAGCUUCAUGAUGAUAUAUAUAUU